AUGAGCUCAAAUCCGAUCACUACGUUUGGGACACAAGAUCCAUACAACGAGAUCAUUCACCGGGUUGUGACAAACCUAUUCUCGUUCGACACUACCAAGCAGGAAACGAUCUUGAACCACUACUACUUUGAUAAAGCCUCGUUUGAGUCCCCACUUCUUUCCACCGAGGGAGUUGAAAGUAUACGCCGAGUGCUACUCGUAUGGAAAGCUUUGAAUAGCAAAGAGCCACGGGUCGAUAAGAUUUGCUUUGACGGUCAAAGAACGUGCACGGUGUUCCUCACACAGACGCUAUGUCCACGAAUGAUACCCUUCUCCCUCUUCCAAAUGGAAUUACCAGUGAUGGUGACUUUGACAUUUGAAGACGUGCCUGAGGAUCGUGAUUUAAUCAGGGUAAUACGUCAUGAAGAACAUUGGACAGCUCAGGGAAUAAUCCAAGCGAUGCCUGGGAUAGCACAUUGUUGGUAUGAUCGAUUGAUACGUGCCACAGUGGGGCAUCUACUAGCUACAGCAGGAGGAAUGCUACAUUCGGCAAAUGAGACAGCACUUUUGUUAUCGAAGCGAGGGCGUGAGAUUGAACAUGGUUGUAAACUAUUGGAACAAUCCCGAAAGCUUAAUCCUGUAACGAUUGCUACUGCCACUGCCACCAAUGCUGCUGCUGACUCGUCGGCGGAAAGUUCUGCAGCUACCACUGACGUCGACAUGGAGAUGCUGGUACCAGCUAAAAUGUAA